AUAGAAUCAAGUUUAGAGGAAAACAAAAUCAAUAACAACGACACGGUUACAGAGCCCAAAGAAACAAAGAUGAUGAAUAAUAACUCUUCUAAGAUCAUCUUCCUUCUUCUCCUCUCUCUCGUCGUCGUCUACGCUUCUGCGGCAGCGCGUGUCGGUGGUUGGAGUCCCAUCAGCGACGUCAAAGACCCCCACGUCGUAGAGAUCGGCGAGUUCGCGGUCACAGAGUACGACAAACAGAGCAAGUCAGGGCUCAAGUUCGAGACGGUUGUUAGCGGCGAGAGUCAGGUGGUUUCUGGCACGAACUAUCGCCUUAUCGUUGCGGUUAAUGAAGGUGGAGCGAGCAAGAACUACGAGGCCCUCGUUUGGGACAAGCCCUGGUUAAAAUUCAGGAUUCUCAAUUCCUUCAAGCCUGCCAACUGAGUUUUCUUUUAAAACUUAUGUAACCGCUCUCUCUUUCUUUCUAUAAAACUUCAGAAAAUGUGAAA